AUGACGUACAAAGCCAACGGCAAGGCUUGGAUGACCCAAGACUUGUUCAAAGAUUGGCUGCAAAAAUUUGACGAGGAAAUGGUGACGCAAAAGCGCCGUGUCGUCAUCAUUUUGGAUAACUGCUCAGCUCGUAAUGUCCAGCCAAAACUUGCAGCUGUGAACUUGAAGUUCCUUCCUGCCAACACCACCGCGAAGAGCCAGCCGCUAGAUCAAGGCGUCAUAGCAACUGUAAAGGCUCUAUACAAGAAGCGCAUAUGCGAAAAAGUUCUCCUGCAUUUGCAGCGGAAAGAGCCUCUGAAAGUGGAUUUGAGAGCAGCUAUAGAUAUGGUCGCAGCCUCUUGGUGGCAAGUCAAGCCGUCUACAAUUAAGAAAUGCUUUGAAAAAGCAGGCUUCAUCAGCGAUCGCUGUGCCGAUGCGCCCGCUGACGACGGUGACGACCAACCAGGAGUGCUGGUUGGUCGUCAGGUAUGGUCCGAUUUGAUCAAAAACCACGUUGUAUCGGAAAGCGACACUUUCGAGGACUUUUCGGAGGACAUCGACGCCGACGUGGACGUGUGUGAGAAGGCUGCAACCGAUGAAGACAUCGUCGCAGCGGUCCGGGGUGACGAAGACGAGGCUGCACUCGGGUCUGUGCCUGUUGAGGAUUCCGACGACAAUCCAGACGUGUCGUGCAAGGAGGCACUGGAGUACCUCACCAAACUGAAAGGGUUUUGCGCCGCGAACAAGCUCACUGACGAGGCACUCCAACGCCUAUGUGCUGUUGAGGACGAGAUCAUAGCCAAGGCCAUUAGCAAGCAGCGGCAAAGCAAAAUAACGGCAUUUUUUCGCCCACAGGGAGAAUAA